ACCUUUAAUAGAAGCGCCAUGGAAACUCCGAUAACUAAUUUGUCAGACGCCGAUCUGGAAACAGUCUACGAACCCUCCGAGGAUUCUUUCCUCUUGAUAGACGCCUUGGAAGCGGACUUAGAGGACUUGAAAACUAAGAAGCCUGCUAUGUGUCUGGAAAUUGGCAGUGGAUCCGGCGUUGUGAUCACCGCUCUGGCAAUGGCUCUGAACAGGCACUGUCAGGCAUAUCAUCUUGCCAUUGACCUGAACAACAAUGCCUGCAGAGUCACGAAGAAAACAGGCAAACUGAACUCAGCGGACAUAGAGGUCGUUCAAAUGGAUUUGUUGAGCUGCGUGCGCAGCGAUUGCGUUUUCGACAUUGUGGUGUUCAAUCCGCCGUAUGUAGUAACCAGCGAUCAAGAAAUCCUGGAUGAAAGGCUAGUGUUCAAGAGUUGGGCCGGCGGUAUGAAUGGUAGAAAAGUGAUGGAUCGAGUGUUCCCGAAAAUUCCCGAUAUCCUGUCCGACACCGGGACGUUCUAUCUGUUAACCAUUAAAGAAAACGAUCCCGAGGAUAUUUUGCGUAUUUUUAGCAGUAUGAAUAUGAAGGGCGAGAUCGUAGCAGAAAGGAGAAUCAGGGGUGAGCAUUUAUACAUUUUACGAUUUCAGAAAAUCGCGUAGUCAUAUCAGGUUCGUGGACCGGAUGCGAGUAUGAGAACUCGAGCAAACGAGUUUAAAUCUGAAUGUUAGAGUACCGAAAUUUGAAUUCAUGUAUUCGUGUAUCCGAAUUUAAAUCCGUGUACUCGAGUAAUCAAACUUUGAAUCAUUAAAUACUAAAUUGCGCGAGUGUCCUUGUACUCGGUUACUUGUACCUAAAUUGAGCAAGUACCAGAGUACUAAGAUACUUGGAUCUAGACUGAGCGAGUACCAGGGUACUCAGAUACUUCAAUCAAAAUACCCGAGUACUCAAAAGUACGUGUACGAGUAUGAGUACGAGCUGGAUCGAGAGAGAUCGGACAAGGUGGAGAUGCUUCUAAUAAUCUAAGUAGUUGAAAUCGAUUAUGUUGGUGUUAUGUUAAGCAGUUGUUGUACCAUUCUGUUUGUAAAUAACUUAGGAUAUACUUACGUUGUCAUUCCAUCUCGCAUUUGUUUAUUACCAACAUGGCUAGCAGUUGCUACAGCGAAGAAUAAUAAUUCUUUCCAACUCUUAUAUACUUAUAUACUAACGUCUGGAAUAUAUCGUGAGGGAUGAUCACGGCGCAGAUAAUAACGACACGUCAUAUCUUAAGAAACAUAAUUUAUUUGGAUUCGUCUAACAAAAGUCUGUCUAAGAUCUACGGUUCUGUUGUCGCUUCAUGUUCAGUUCAAAGAGUCAGAUACAUAUGCGAAAACAACUUUUCCGACCGCUGUCAAAUGCGUCAAGUUCGUUGCAGACUGCGGAUGUUUAUGCUCAAGAAGCACGGAAUUCAAUUUGACGAUACGUAACUUCGACUUCGACAAAGCGAUCAUAUCGGUACGGAGCAAAAUAAACUAUUCGACUUAUCCAGUAUUAUAAAAGAACAAUUUCACUCUGCAUAAAGAUCCGCGGCCCAGUUGUAUUGUAGAUAAGUGAUAUAUGGCUGUACAGUCGAGCAAGUGUUAACGUGUUUAUAAUAAAAUUCUGCAAUGGUACGAAA